GGGACAGGUAUAAGAAUAGCUCAAACUGCACACAUUCAUUUCCACUGAUCCUCGCCAAGUCGAUAGGUUGCUUUGCGCUGAGGCGUGAACAUUUAAAUUUCCAAAUAAACGAAAACAACUGCCAGGAAAACUUGCAACUCUUUCUUUCGGCGUCAUACAGUAAUUAUAAGUUAUAUUACUAUUUCAUCUACAUGGACUUUUGGAAUAUGUAUCGCAUGUAAUUAGAGCACGAUCCAAGUUCAUCUACACGAUUUAUCUGCUCAUAUCUGAUGAUACUUUUACUGACUAUAUCCGGCUAUUUGGGAGGGGGGACUUCAGUUCGCAGACAGAAGGUUUCAACUGGAAUUAAUGCGUUUCUAAUUCUAAAAGUUCCUGACGGCAAGGCAUUGCGGAAAAAAAGCUUUUCCACUCCCGGUACUCUUGCACCUACAAGUUAAAACUUGUGACAGUUUACCUAAGUGCGCUCCCUGCGCUUGGAAUUAAUACAAGCUGACAAGAGGCUAAAUGACUGCAGAUACACAGCAAUCACCCUGCAAGGAUUCUUCUGUUCCGUAUAAUCUUCACCGGUCCCUCGCAUUCAGCGGCAAAACAAUGCCAGUAGUAAAACUGGAGAAAGACUCAUCGUCUGAUGUUUCUCUUUCUGCGGCCAACACAGAAACAGAAGAACCCCCAAAAGGUCGGCGGAGGAAACGGCCGCUGCAGCGGGGGAAACCCCCUUACAGUUACAUUGCUUUGAUAUCCAUGGCUAUUGCCAACUCCCCGGACCGGAAACUCACUUUGGGAGGCAUCUACAAGUUCAUUAUGGAAAGGUUUCCCUUCUACAGGGAUAACUCCAAGAAGUGGCAGAACUCCAUUCGCCACAAUUUGACAUUGAACGACUGCUUCAUCAAGAUACCGCGGGAACCCGGGAGACCUGGAAAGGGGAACUACUGGGCGUUGGAUCCCAACGCGGAGGACAUGUUCGAGAGCGGCAGCUUUCUGAGAAGGAGGAAAAGGUUCAAAAGAUGCGACUUGACCACCUACCCCACCUACGUCCACGAGUCCUCCGUAUUCGCCCCUAUGCAAGUGACCAGGUCGGCUUAUGCCAAUUCCAUGUACCCAAACAUGACAGUAAACCCCCCGUUUACGCAACAGAUAGCAUCAACCUACUAUCCUGCGUCUUCACCGAGCUUCAGCUCAACUCAGUCCCGGAUGUUUAGCAUUAAUACCAUCAUAGGGCACCACGGCGGACUCGCCACGGGGGCUGACCUCAUUCAACAGCCCAACCGCAGUUUCAGUCCUGAUCUGGCUUCAGGGGCUAGUUCCUGUAGCUUCACUGGGGCCAGCUAUCAAAGUCAGUCUUGUAGCGGAACAAUGUUAUCCAGGUCUUCCAAUCCGAUGUCCUUCCCUUAUUCUGUGCCGAACGGACACCUGUCCAUGAACCAGACCUCUUAUUCCCAAGGAAACGGACAGAUUUAUGGGGCGUCGAGCCGUCUGGGGAUACCCAGCUCUUCUCCUUCGGUGACAAAUGAGACUAUGGACCCCUACGGAAGAAUGUCACCUGGUCAGUUUACCACUUUAGCACAGUACAAUAGCAAUACUCCUAUCACUGGCACGAAUGCCUAUCUAAGACACGCAUCAUACUCCGGUAACAUGGAAAGGUUUGUGCCAGCAAUUUAAUUUUCAAAAGACUUCAUAUUUAACUUUAGCCUUUAUUGCUGUAGGAUAAAUAACGAUUUCAUCAUUACGCGCUCUUUCGUGGUUUUGAAUUCUGCUUCUUGUUCUCUGUAAACAUUUUCAUCUGGGCUCAGAUAAUUAGUGGUCUAACAAUACCACCAAUGAAUGCACUUUUAAACGACCCAGUGUAUAUAUCCAUCGUUUUGGCAAACGAUGAUUUAAUUCAUUGUAACUGAUGUAGGGUGAAUCAGUGAUAGCAUGCUAGAGCAAAUUACUGGAAUGAAAAUUUCGAAGUCCAAUCUGCCUUUCUUUGUUUUCAAGCGUGCUAAUUAUUGAUUUCAGAAUUGUAAAGGUUCUUUCAAUCGCGAGCAUGUACAUUUGUCUUCUUUUUGCAUUGUUUUGUAAAUUAUAUUGCAUUGCUGAAUUAACUGUAUUUUUAAGGGA